AUGAGCCAAGAGAAAAGCUCACCUAUACCAAGUCCCGAUGAGGUUGGCGGUGGAUCGGAGAUGGCUGCAGGUAUAAUGGCGGUAAUUCAGCCUUCCGUUCAGCUGCUCGAUUCCCAGAUCGUUUCGACAAAAAGAGCUCAAGCAGUACUCGCUGAGAAGAUUCAAGAUAUGGCCGAUUUAUUGCACAAUCUCGGCGAGGAACCUGAGUAUGACUUGGAUGUGUACACAAGGAAAAUCGAUGACUCUAAAAGAAGAAUCACAAACGCUGGUUCAACUCUUGAGAAAAUUCACGAUCGACUCUCGAAACUUCAACGCGAAAUCGCUAGGCAAGUUCAUAAAGAAAAAACCGAGAUGACUGCUCCGGCACCAGCUCCACCAAAACGA